CUUAGCCAACAACAUUAUGUUAUGUUAGUUUGCGUCUCGUGCCACCUACACUGCACGCACCCUCUUUCCCUCUUCGUCGUCGUAGCGACAACGAACCAGGGAGCGUAGUUUUAAUGGAACCCAUUUGAUUUUCAGCUUUGAUCCUCCCAACUACAAUCAUUGUGUUCUUCCAAAUUUCAUUUUAAUAACAAUUCCGAUAUUUUAAUUUUUGUCCGUUUUCUAUUCCCUUAUUCUUCUUCUUCCCAACAGCAAUAGACGACGUCGUUCGUUCCUCAGCUAGGGUUUCCCCCAAUGCCGCCGGAUUCCUCCGAGCAAGACCUCGACGAUCCCGACAUCGAGUUCGUCGAGAUUGAUCCCACCGGUCGCUAUGGUCGGUACAAGGAGGUUUUAGGGAAAGGGGCUUUCAAGAAAGUAUAUCGAGCGUUUGAUGAGUUGGAAGGGAUUGAAGUGGCUUGGAAUCAGGUUAAGGUGGCGGAUCUGUUGCGUAACUCCGAUGAUUUGGAGCGACUUUAUUCAGAGGUUCAUUUGCUCAAGACUUUGAAGCAUAAAAAUAUAAUUAAGUUUUACAAUUCAUGGGUUGACACCAAGAAUGAGAACAUCAACUUCAUUACUGAAAUUUUCACCUCAGGAACGUUGCGUCAAUACCGGAAGAAACAUAAGCAUGUUGAUUUGAGAGCUGUGAAGAAAUGGUCUAGGCAGAUUUUGGAAGGCCUUUUAUAUCUUCACAGUCACAAUCCGCCGGUUAUUCAUCGAGACCUUAAGUGUGAUAACAUUUUUGUCAAUGGUAAUCAAGGGGAGGUGAAAAUUGGUGAUUUAGGAUUGGCAGCUAUCCUUCAACAAGCCAAUUCAGCUCACAGUGUCAUAGGUACCCCUGAGUUCAUGGCCCCAGAACUUUAUGAAGAGGAAUACAAUGAGCUUGUUGACAUCUAUGCUUUUGGCAUGUGCUUGCUAGAGUUGGUAACCGUUGAGUACCCGUAUAUUGAAUGCACCAAUGCUGCUCAAAUAUACAAGAAAGUGACAUCUGGAAUAAAGCCAGCAUCAUUGGCAAAGGUGGCUGAUCUUGAAGUUAAAGCAUUUAUCGAAAAGUGUAUUGCUGAUGUGUCGGAACGAUUGUCUGCGAAAGACCUCUUGAUCGAUCCCUUCCUUCAGUCAGAUUAUGAUAAUGAUAGUGUAGGUCGAUCUUCAAGAUCUCAAACCCAUCAUUCAGGAAAUAAUUCUCAUAAUCAAGCUAUUGCUGAGGAUAAUUCUGUUGAGACAAGUAGGGAAUUCACGGUGGAAGGUCAGAGGAAAGAUAAUCAUACAAUAUUUUUAAAAUUGCGAAUUGCAGAUUCCUCAGGUAAUAUUCGCAAUAUCCACUUUCCUUUUGAUACUGAAGCAGACACUUCAAUCUCUGUUGCUAGUGAAAUGGUUGAGGAGUUGGAACUCACUGAUCAAGAUGUUACAACUAUUGCUGGGAUGAUUGAUUCUGAAAUUCGAUAUCACAUUCCUAGUUGGAAUUUCAGUGAAACUCCUGUUGACUUUAACCAUCAAGAUUCAAGUUAUACCUCUGAAACUAGGCCAGAGGCCUCUCCUAUGAAAAUUGAUUCUGUUGUUGCUCCUGGCAGUCUUGCAUUAGAAAUUUUACCUUCAGGUCGUAAGUACUGGUCAGAUUCACCAAGGGGAUUUGGUGGAAACUCUCCAUCUCGACAUAUGACUUCAAUCUUGUCUAAUGAAGCAGGUGUGAACUCUGAGGAAGACAACCCGACUGCAAAUGGUGGUAUUUCAGCUGAUGAUUGUGUUGACGGUACCAUUGAGCAGGAAUGUGAUGAGAUAGCUGAUUCUCCUUCCAGUGAGAAAUCUGAAAUGGAAUACAUCAAUCAAAUAACAACAAAAUUGGAGAAUUUGUUGGUUAAACAAAGAGAGGAGUUAGAUGAACUAAAGAGGAAACACAAACUAGCUGUCUCAGAUCUUUUGAUGGAAAUUCCUCCAGAAAUGUGCCAGAAGGUCCUAAAUAUAUGCAACCUGCAGAUGCCUGACAGUGAAAUGGCCAGGCUUGCCCUUCAUUAAUCUAAAUGCCACUUUGUGUGGUUUAUGGUAGUAGUUCACUUAGAAAGCUCAUUUUAGGAGUGAAAUUUAGAAGUUGUGAUCUUGCUUGUUGCUUGGAACUGUUGAUAUUUUGGGUUUCAUAAUUCAUGCAUAAGAGGGUAAAUUUUUAAUGGCACAAGUGUUCUUGGUAUAAUAUAUGUUGUCAAGAGGAAUUGCAGCUGGGUUAACUAGGGACUGGGAAUUGGGGACUGGGGAGUCAUCUUUGCAGGAGAAAUCUCGUUACGGCAUAACGUCCCAAGAGCUUGGAGGACUUAAUGCUAUUUCUGCAUUUACCUAAAAAACAUGGAGUUGAAACGAGAAAUUAGCUUUGAGAGGUCACAAGACUGGAUUAUAUGAAUAUCAUUUCUCAUAUGUAAAUAGUAUGAUACAAUUCAUUAAACUAUAGGAAAUAUAUACUUGUACAUAUAUAACUUGCUGUCGUUUCAGUUUAUACGAAGGUCUUCCCAUCUAGGAUUUUUGGGCUUGGAGAUCAA